AUCAUUAGGACUCGAUCAGUCUUCUCCUUCCCCGACUCUCAUCGUUCGCCUCAACUCUCUAUCUCUGCCGACAAUGUUAUCGUUUACUUGUACAAAACCCUCGAAGACCUCAAAUCCUCUCCCUCGUUUUCCUCCUCUCCCAUCGUUUUCUCAGUCGCUUUCACUCUCUCUGCCUGUAUCUCUCUCCACCCGCAAACGCAAAGUCUCACGAUCGCUUGGCAUUAUUCGAGCCAUUGAUGCCGCUCAGCCUUACGAUUACGAGUCCCAGCUCCGCUCUCAGCACAUACAGUCCGAGUCCCUUAAGAUUGCCAUCAUCGGCUUUGGCAAUUUCGGACAGUUCCUAGCCAAAACCUUCGUCAGGCACGGUCACACGCUCCUCGCUCACUCCCGCUCCGACUACUCUACCAUCGCUAGUGACCUCGGCGUCCGCUUCUUCCAUGAUCUUCACGAUCUAUGUGAGCAGCACCCUGAGGUGGUACUCCUCUCAACCUCAAUUCUUUCUACCGAGAGAGUACUCAAGGCAAUCCCUUUUCAAAGAUUAAAGCGGAAUACGCUUUUCGUUGAUGUGUUAUCGGUGAAGGAGUUCCCUAGAGACUUGUUGAUGAAAUAUUUGCCAAAUGAGUUCGACAUCUUGUGCACCCACCCAAUGUUUGGACCGGAGAGUGGAAAGGGCUCAUGGGCUGGGCUCUCUUUCGUGUGUGACAGGGUUAGGAUUGGGAAUGAGGAGGGUAGAGUGAGUAGGUGUAAUAGGUUUUUGGAUAUAUUUGCGAAAGAGGGUUGCAGAAUGGUGGAGAUGAGCUGUGCUGAGCAUGAUAAGUAUGCGGCGGGUUCACAGUUUGUGACUCACACAAUGGGAAGGGUGUUGGAGAAGUUUGGGUUGGAGUCUUCUCCUAUUAACACCAAAGGGUACGAAACUUUGUUGGAUUUGGUGGAAAACACUGCUGGGGAUAGUUUUGAGUUGUAUUAUGGGUUGUUUAUGUAUAAUAAGAAUUCCAUGGAGCAGCUGGAGAGGUUGGAUAUGGCUUUCGAGGCAAUUAAGAGGGACUUGUUUGGGCAGUUGCAUAGAGUUUAUAGAAAGCAGUUGUUUGGCAGCGCAGAGCUUGGAGGGGCUGUGGAGGAGAGGCCUGUUGUGCAGAAGUUGCUUCACAAUGGUACUCCUGACAAGAUAUCAGAGAAUGCGCCUUAAAAGACUGCCUGAUUUUGGUCUUAUUUUGAUAAAAUGAAUCCGUGGAUGGUUUCAGAUUGUGGGGAUAUUAUUGUACCUGAACAAUCUGUUUUGGUGAAGCUUUAAAGUUAUUCAAGAAGGGUCAGAAUGACAGCACCUGAAUGAUUCUGGGUUCUCUGGCCAAAAUUUAAGCUUUCUUUGAUCUUAUUGGUACACAUCAAGGAAUAGGCGAUCAGACUAGUCAAUUAACUGAACUUCUUCAGGUACUGGAUUGACCCCAUAACUCUUCCAACUCCUUAAGCAUGCUUCUUCUUUUCUUCCAUUGGCUGUUCAAAGAAUUCCUUUUCGCCUUGGCGGAUCUUAUUGAGAAAUGAAAUGACUGGAAUCCCAUGACUGACUGAAACCCAGCAGAGUCAUUAAGAUGCUGGAGGCUUAUUGAAUUUAGCAUGGGCACAUAAAUUUGGAGUAAAGUUAAUGAAAUCUCAUUAGAUUCUGUUUAAAGGAAGUUCUUAGUGGUUGAUUGUGAUGAGAUAGAGGAUUUUCUGGGUAUGCUAAGGCUAACCAUCAAAGCAGCGUAUCAUUGGUUUAGUUGCUUAGUGUGUGACCCGGAUGGCUUGAAAAAUGAGAGCAAUGAUUUUAUUGUCCAUGCUUAAAGAUUGUUCUCAGUUCUCACAUGGGUGGCUGUUCAGGAUCUCUAUCUCUCUCAGAAAUUACUCAACAAAAAAAAAGAGUUUUUCUUCUCUGAAAUCUUGUAAACUCUGGAAGAUUAAAUCUUUAUGUAAAGAGGAGAUUUGUGUGGGUGAUAAUGGAAAUACCUUGGACCUCGAGCAUC